AUGUUUGGAAAUAUCUCUUCCCUUCUUUCCGCGACGCUUCUUCAAAAAUAUUCCUUUUUCCUUCUCAUCGAGAGUAUCUUCUGCAUCGCCCUCGACAUCUUCAUCAUUUUAAUCAAAGAGAUGAACGACGAUUUCCCUCGCUCAAUUCAGCUACGACCUGAAUUCAUCUUCACCGUUUCCAUCCUCGGCCAGGGCAUUUGGGCUGGUCUUCUUGGAAUCUCUGUGGCGAUUUUCUGCAACAAGCUGCAGCAAGAGAAAUUCCGCGAGCAACUGCUCCCCUUGGGUGCUUUUACUGAUGGAACUCUUCACAUGGAAGCCGGUUUAUUCGCUUGGUGCUUGUUUACUUCGCUUGGGCAGUUCGUCGCUGUCCUGCUGUCUGGAUACUCGGCUCUUGGAAUCGUUGCCCACGACCUUGUCGCGACGCAGGUUGAGCGUGCAAUGAGCAUCCUUAUCGUUACGGAAAUCUUCAUGCUUCUGGCCCUCUGUCUGACCGUCUUCUCCCUCCUGAUUUUUUCCUUCAACGCUCUCCUGCCUGUUUACUUCCACGCACUGAUCCAAAAAAUGGCUGAGCUUCUGUGUAACCGCUAUUCAUCAGAUCGAUGGAAACAGAAUCCCAGCUGCAGUUUUUCUCAAGCAUCCUUCGUUGGCAGUUCUGUCGAAUUCAAGACGAUUGACGUUCUCGCUGACCUUUCGAUUCCAACAUUAACCCGCAAGCUGGCCCAGAAGAGAUUAAAAGAUUCCAGACAAUCUUCCUAUGCAAGCUCCAGUGGAAACUCGUCGAAUCGAUCGGAAAUUCUGCUGCUCUGA